AUGUUUGAAAGACCAACCAUUUAUGUGUUGCUAUAUGCUGCCUCCAUUUUGGGACUUCAAGGCCAGUCCAUAGAUUCCGUGGUCCAGGAUGCUGUAACAUCGGCGUUUAACAGGGGCAGGGGGACUACGCGACAACCAACGAGAGAACGGUCUUUAAUUCCAACAAGUAUCGCUGGUAGAACUGCUGAUCCACCCUCUGGGAGCUCUAGGGGAUCAAGUGCAGUAAACUCUUUAAACCGGUUUUCCCAGAAUAAUGAACCGGAAAUGAACCAGCUUUUAGAUGACAGGGCCAGGUUUGCGGCUGAGGCCACCAAGACCAUCGCGGCCAGCCCAGCCCUGGCCGCUCAGUUCUCUGGAAGUAACGCCAAUGAGCGGGCUCAGCUUGUGACCUCUGAUGCAGGACUCACGGCCAGUUUUCGACGGGCUGUCUCUCCAUUCUGUUAUGAAAUUCCAUUCUGCAAUUCCCGGGACCCUUACAGAACAGCGGACGGUUCCUGCAACAACCUGUACAAUCCUUUGCUCGGCAAAUCCUUCACUCCACAGUCCCGUAUCCUCCAAAAUGCUUAUGAUGACUACAUUGAACUACCCCGUACCCUGACCAGCGACAGACAGGGGUCCCUCCCAAGUGCCCGCGUGGUCAGUAAUACCGUUCUCUCCGGAUCUACUCCAACCAGUGCAACCCAUUCAACCUUCCUGACACACUUUGGACAGUUUAUCGAUCACGACGUUAUUUCAACCCCUUCCAUGAGAGAGGGAAGUCCACCGGGGAGUAUUAAUGACUGCUGCUCCGGGGUGAGGAAUAAAUUUUCUUGUUUCACAAUACCCGUCCCGAGCAACGAUCCAUAUUACCAAGGUCGAACGUGCAUGAAUAUGGUGCGACAUGCAGCUGCACUACCAUUAGACUGCACCAAUGGUGUCAGAGAGCAGCAGAACCAGAGAUCUUCUUUCAUUGAUGGCACGGCGAUCUAUGGAUUCCACAGAACCAGGGAGUUAGCGCUCAGAGAACAAAGAGGGGGACGGCUGCGGGAGAGUGACCUUAACCCUGGGCUUCUGCCUCGGAGCAGGUGUCCGUUAGGAAUAUCUACACAGUACCACUGCUUCAUGGCCGGCGACCACAGACAAAGCGAAACGCCUACACUCACAAUCAUGCAUACCACGUGGUUACGACGUCACAAUCUGAUAGCAGACGCCCUACGUACAGCCACUGGCAUCACUGAUGACGAGACUCUGUUCCAGGAAGCCAAGAGGAUUGUGGUCGCGGAACUCCAGCAUAUCACUUACAACGAAUUUCUGCCAGCGGUUCUAGACAAUCGCCAUCUUAAUUUCUUCAACCUGCUUUCCACACGAUCUGGACACAAUAACAUAUACAACCCUAGCGUGGACCCUCGAACCUUCAACUCCUUUGGGGCGGCGGUGUUACGUAUGGGUCACUCCUUAGUUAGAAACGUUGUCGGUCAUGACAAUGGACGGGGACAGGUGCAGACAUUCCCGUUAAAGGAUCAUUUUGAAAACCCAGACUUAAUGUUUUCUCCCCCUUAUGGAUAUGAAUAUAUGGCUCGAUGGAUGUCCAAAUCCCCUAAAUCCCGGAGUGAUAGGACGCUUGUGGACGGCAUUAGAAAUAGACUGUUUGAAGGUCCACCCGGUCCCUAUCCUUCAGAAACUCUCUCUUUUGACCUCGGGGCUCUGAAUAUUCAGCGAGGCCGGGAGCAUGGACUUCCACCGUACAACGCCUUCCGUCGGUUCUGCGGACGGUAUCCGGCAUACCACUUCAGCGCCACCAUUCGUGGGGGGCUGGUGGACCAUUCCCCACAGAAUGCAGCCAGAUUGGCUAGAGUGUAUAGAAGUCCUCAUGAUAUAGACCUGUAUGCUGGUGGUAUUUCGGAGACCCCCGUCCGGGAAGGAAUCCUGGGCCCCACCUUCUCCUGUCUGUUGGCCUAUCAGUUCUCUCUGUACAAACAUGGAGAUAGGUUCUGGUACGAAAACAACGACCACGAAAAUCCACUCACUGCUUUUUCAGAAGAGCAGCUUGCCGAAAUCAAACAAAUGACCCAUUCCAAAGUUCUCUGUUCUGUGGUGAAGAAUGACUUAGGGGAGAUACGGUACCAGCCACGCCUAUUUCAACGACCUGAAGUAUUUGGAAAUAACCAGAGACCUUGCACACAAAUCCUAAACGGAAACUACCUUGGGUUUGAUAUAACUCCAUUUGCGAACCAACUGAUCCGACUACGGGGAAGUCGAAGGAGCACUGCCAAUCCUUUUAAUGGAUUGACUGGGGCUUUCGCCCGACGACUUGGAAGUAGUUCUAAUUCAUUAGGCGCUAGCAAUGAAACUCGCACCGCUCCUACAAAUGUCGGAUUCAGAGUUCCUAACCCCAGUGAUGUUUUAGACGCAACUUCCGGAGAUUUAGGAGGAAAUCAAGAUGGAGCGGGAAGCAGUGCUCCAACGCGGAGCAAUAAUAACCCAAACGCUCCCAACAGUCGGGGGCAAACGGGAGGCCAGCCAACGAGAGAACGCAGGAAGUUUGGUGGACGAUUUACGUAGAACAUGAUUGGUGUCAAAACAUGUAUUAUAUAUUUA